AAGUCUGGGUCUAUAUAAUGUGCCGCGACCCACCACACCAUCAUUCAGCCAAAAUUGAACUCCUGAGAGCCACGUAGGACAUUGGUGUUUAUUUGGAAACCUUGCGCUACGAGUUAAAGACAUGAAGACAUUUGUGCUACUCGCCAUCUUCGCAGCUGCGGUCGCCGCUCAAGAGUUCAACUACACUGACCCAACUACUGGACAUGAGACAACUCAGACAACGCAUCAUCAGGAUACCACCGAAUCCGCUGCUUCACAUGGCGAGACCAACGAAACAACUUCCACUGCAGCACCAAAAUGCCGCCCCCCUUGCACCGAAGACUGGAUUAUGCCUCAUCCCAGGGACUGCACCAAGUUCUUCCUUUGCUCUAACUCCGUCCCGUACGAGAUGGACUGCCCUGCCAAACUACACUACUCAGAGGAACUUAGGAGGUGUGACUACCCUGCUGAGGCGGGGUGCACCGCAUACCCCACAGCACCCUGUGGAGAAUUUUAGUCGGAGUGCACUCCGCUUCAUCAACCGCUUGGUAAUUGAUCAUCGUUACUGUUGAAAAUUUUUCAUACGUGCAGAAUUGGUCUUUAAAGAACAUUGUUCCAUUUGAGCUGUCAUAAUGUUCUAUGCUUAUUAUUUUCACAACUUGAGUCAAUGCUCUAUACUCUUUUUCAUAGCUUUGGUAGUUCUAUUCUAAUUUGAGAUCUCGUAUCAGCUUUCGAAACUGAUCUAGCUAUACUGUAUCCGGUGCCUUUCACUUUUCUGUAGCUCCGUACACAUUAUGCAUGCAGACACAUGUACUGAAAAAAUUUCCGACAUUUUAUUUACGUAUAUAACCAUUGGUUGGUUUUUAAUUACAAACGGUAAAAAUUAUAUCCCUAAUUUCUCAAGAAGACCAAUCGGUAAGCAUUUCUUAUUUCGUAUAAUAGAGGCAAUAGAAAAAGAUACAAUUCUCCCUGUUUUGAGAGUAAAGAUUAUUUCCAUUUAAAUUCUCCGUUACUCUCGAAAAGAUGCGAUAUAAUUUUCUUAUUUCUGACUUGGUGUGAGUGAAGCCUCUUGUUGGGAUAUUCAGAGUAAAUUGUCUCAAUAAUAUGUUCUCUGGCUGACAUGUUUGAAAUUGUUCUUUUUACAGAGAAGUUAAGACAAUAAAUUUAAGCUACUUGUUGGUUGUAAUCUCCUGAUUAUUCGGGAUGUAUCUCCUGAUAAUCUUAUAUUCAAUAAAUUUACUCCUU